UCACGUGUACAACAUUCUAGGGACCUUCUGAACAAAGGGGGCUACAGAAGUGAGUAUUUUGAGGAACAAUCCGAUGACAAUAGCAGGAAGAAAUUAAUUCUCGAGUGGAAAAAAGUAAAGGCGAUCACGACUGGGCGCAAAAGAUAAGCAGAGGAUUUGGAGAGAUUAGAAGGCGGCGGUAGAAAGAGUAAGCGGGUGAUUUUUGAUAUUAGUUGAGCGCUGUAUAGCCAAGAAGAGAAUAUCAAUAUCAAUGGCGGAUAUACAGAACAGAGGUGCACGAGUGGGGGUUCCUCCUCCUCCUCCUCCGCCUGCUGCGCAGCCUCGAGGUCCCCCCGGCCCUUCUCGCCCUCCUCCGCUCCUCGUCGAUCGCGAAAAGACUUGUCCAUUGUUGCUUCGUGUAUUCACGAAGAUUGGAAGUCAUCAUACUGCUGAAGACUUUGCAGUUAGAGGCAAGGAGCCAAAAGAUGAAGUGCAAAUUUAUACCUGGAGGGAUGCUACACUUCGAGAGCUAACAGAUUUGGUAAAAGAGGUCGCUCCAGCAGCAAGGAGAAGAGAUGCAAAGCUAUCAUUUGCGUUUGUGUAUCCUGACAGAAGAGGCCGUAAUGUGGUUAGGCAGGUUGGAGUGACCUAUGCUUACCCAAUUGCAAGACGACCAGAUGAUGGUAAUAAGGCGCUUGCAGAUCUAAGCUUUCAGACAGGGGAUUUCUUAGAUGUGGCAAUUCUCACAUGACUCCCAAUUGGUAUAAAUUCAACGAGUUUUGACGGCAGGAUUAACUAGUUGGGAGCUUGGUUGCAUCUACCAUACAUAUACCAUUUACAAUGUAACAUUGAUUGAAAUGGAUAUCAGAUCUCUCUUAGUAGUAUACUCUCAGUUCUAUGCUAUUGGCUUUGAUGGAUAGCUUUUUGGUCUAAAAUGUCUUUUAUGGGAUCGGCUCUGUAAAAGUUGAUGCCUCAACCUCAAGAAAUUUUCAAUUCUUGUUUUAAUUAUAAGGGGAUAAUAAAUUAAGGGACAAUAGUAUAUGAUUUUUGGAUGUAGUAAUCUGCCUAAAUGACCAUUUUCUAUCCUGGGAGCAGUGAACCCACGUUUAGAUUACAAUUGAAUCCCACGUUUAGAUUACAAUUGAAUCUGUUUUCGAGUCGUAUCGACAAUUUUGUUGCGGGUGGAAGCUACAAGGUUCAAUAUCAUUCCCACCUCCAUACAACACAUUUUCUAUGCAAGUUAUUUGUAAUAUAGAGAUAGUAAACGAAGAUUUUCUGAAAAAGAAAUACCUUACUGAUGACA